ACUUUUUUCUACAUUUGUUUCAUGUGGCACCACUGUAAAUGUGUUAAAAUAGGCAUGGUAAAUCUCUUCCAAGUUUCUUGAUAUUUGAUAUUCGAAUCGAUUGUCAAAUUGAAGAUAGAAAGUUUUAAAAUCGUCAAAAAAUUUAUUUAAUUUGAUUAUAACAAUUUGAAAUCUUCAUACUUAAAUUUUAUUUAGUGAAUAUCUAUUAUUGUGUAAAUUACAUCGACGCCGAAAAUGACGGAGGAUGAAACGAUUUUUGAUCCUUUGAUGAAAAAGAAGAAGAAGAAGAAAAAGGUGCCUUUUGAUCCUAGUGCUUUGGAGGAUAAUUCUACUGCUAAUGAAGCUGGUGAAUUCCAGCAAGAUGAUGAUACAGAGAACAUAAAAGAUGAUGUUGAUGGUGUAGACGACAAGGAAGAUGCUGUUCUUGAUCUUGAUGAUUUUUCUGGAUUAAAGAAGAAAAAGAAAAAGAAGAAACCAUUCAAUUUAGAAGAACUUGAUUCAAACAUACCAGAAUCGGAACCCAAGGAUGAGACUUCAGCUGUUCUAACAGAUGAUAAAGAUGCAGAUGAUAUUAUACUAGAUGAUGAUUUAGAUUUUAGCCUUCCAAAAAAGAAGAAGAAAAAGAAAAAGAUUAAUAUUGAUGAAUUAGAAUCUGAAUUUGGUGUUGCAGAAGACGAUGAAGAUGAUGAUACUAAAUUUGUAGAGGAAGAUGCUGAACCGAAAAUUACAACUUCUGUGUCAUCAAGCUCUUGGCUUGGAACUGACAGAGAUUACACAUAUGAUGAAUUAUUAUUAAGAGUUUUCAACAUUAUGCGAGAAAAAAAUCCAGAUAUGGUUGCUGGUGAGAAAAGAAGAUUCAUCAUGAGGCCUCCACAGGUUUUAAGAGUUGGAACAAAGAAAACUUCAUUUGCUAAUUUUAUCGAAAUUUGUAAAAUGGUGCAUCGACAACCAAGACAUUUACAGGCUUUUCUUUUGGCUGAAUUAGGAACAAGUGGUUCUGUUGAUGCUAAUAAUCAGCUUAUAAUUAAAGGUAGAUUUCAGCAAAAACAGAUUGAAAAUGUUUUACGGAGAUAUAUUAAGGAAUAUGUUACAUGUCAUACAUGUCGGUCCCCAGAUACAAUUUUACAAAAAGAUACCAGGCUUUUCUUUUUGCAAUGUGAAACAUGUGGUUCACGUUGUUCAGUAGCUAGCAUCAAAUCAGGAUUUCAAGCUGUCACAGGGAAACGUGCUGCUAUACGAGCAAAAACUGCAUAAUAUAAAUCUUUUUGUAUGUUUAUUUUAUAAAAUAAACUAUGCAAUAACUGUGA